AUGUCUGCCAACCAGGUGGCUUUUGCUCCUCGUUUGACCUUCGUGUCGACAACGGGGCCCACACUUGACCAUGACAGCGCAAAGGCAAGGCGGGCACACACCACGAGAGCCAACUUUGCAAGACGACGACAGCGCCUGGUUAGUGAGUAUGCUGCGCAGAAACAGAAGGAGCACCACACCUCCCUUACGCCUCUGCAAGCCGAUGAACAUGCCGUUCAGGCUGUACGCUGUUCUCAACUCCCCUUCCUUAGUCAUCCUGGCCUGGAUCGAAUAUUGAGGGGGAACGAUGCCUUUUUCAUUAAUCAUUUGUCACACGCAAUGGGGAAGCUUCACUUGGAUACUGACGUUCCAGCCUCGGACGCCGUCUUGGCCAUGAUGCAGUCCGACUGGGCCGGCUUUCUUCCUGACCCUACCAUGUUCGAAGUUUCUCUAUACUUUGCGAGGCAGUUCUACGCAGCGCGGAGACAACAACAUACACACCGAUCCAUGGUUGAUGCCUACAAGGGCGGGGCCAUUCGAGCUGUAAGGCAACGGCUCAAUGAGGGUCUCGACGGGCUCAGUGACAGUCUCAUCGCCGCCAUACUCAUACUUACGGUUCUCGAUCAAGCUCUAGGCAAUAUUGAAGCGUGGAAAAUCCACAUCACUGGCCUUGUCAAUAUUAUCAGACUUCGCUCUCGGAAGUUGAAUGUCCCGCCAUCCCAUCUAACAUCACUAAUAAUCCCACGCACGACUAUGCAGGGACUUAUUCUCCUCUCGCGGCACGAUGUGACGCUAUUUUCAAGUAUCGAGCACACUGGUAUAUUCGAUACCUGGUUUUCCACCAAUGCCAAAAGAGCAGCGUACAUAAUCCUUGCGGAAGCGGAUCAAGUGGCCAGGUUGACCACGUAUAUCCACAACAAAAAACCUCUCGCUCGUGAAGAGCAGACACGCCUUCGCCGGAAAAUCAAAUCUCUGGAGACAGCAAUCGAGAUUAACAGUAGCUCAGCUUCACGCGAGUCAUUCCUCACGGCAAUAGCCUUGUCGAUCAAGAUAUUCCUUCAAAUGACCUUACAACACACCAUGGACACGAAAGAAGAACUCGGCGACUCGGUCGUUCAACUGAUGGAGGUAUUGCAGAAACCUGAGCAGCAAGUGCCUUCUUCGCUGGCGUUAUGCGCUACCUUGGAGACGAGAUUCUGGUACACGAUCAUGGGUGCAAUCGCAGCUUCCGAAUCCGGCAUUAAAUCAUUCUACACAUCAAGGCUCAAGCGUAUAUCUGUCGCCUUAGCGUUCAAAUCAUGGCGCGACGUCGAGAGUACUUUGGGAACAUUCUUCUGGGUACCGUCCAUCUUCUCCGCUCCGUGCCGCCAAGCAAUGUCGGAAGUCAUGGAUUGGAAAGAGUGUGCUGAUUCAUAACUAUACACCUCGUCUAUACUUGCAAAUCUUACGUGCUCUCUGCACUUGGCUCCCAUUGUUGCAGAUGCUGCGGCGAGAUGGCCAGGCGUGAUCGCUUUCCAACACCACAAAAAGCUGCAAGUGUAGCACUUUCUAAACGACACCUCAAAUCCAUUGCUUGGAUCCCAGGUGAGAGAUAAAGGCUCCACCGUCCCCAUUUUCGACACUCGCCUUCUCAAAAACCGAGACCAUGGCUUUGACAGACUGCUCUGUGGUGAGCUGCUCCUUGAAAUGCGGCGCAUAUGCCUGGAACUUUGCUACCGUCGCAGCAAACCCUGGCAAUUCUUUCUCGCUCACUGUCAUCGGACGUUAGAUCUUUGUCUACCAUCACUCAUGUGAGGCGUCAAGAAGGCAACGAAGACACGGCAAGAGAACCAAAAUGGUGACUUACAAUUGGAAGGAUCAAAAUGUCCAGUAUUGACAACUCCAGGGCUAAUGCUCAGGAAGAGCACACCGUCCUUUCUGAACUGGGCACUGUAUUUGGCCACGAUGAUGUUGAGUGCGCUCUUGUCGAUGACGUAAGUGGGAACAGUGUCGAGAUCGUAUUUGGUGAUCAGGUCCGGGUCGGCGUGGCCAGAGGAGAUGGCAAUGACCUUUUUCUUUUGGCCCUUGAGAAUGAGCGGGACAAACAAGUUGAACAAAUGGAUGGAUCCGACAAUGUUGGACUUGCAACCGGCGAGGAUUUCUUGCUCCAGAGCCACGGGAUUCUCGCCGCUACGAUCAAUUUUACCAUUAGCAAGAUAUCAGGAAAUGCUUCGGAUUAUGGGGUUAUGAAAGUCACGAAAGUUGACGGAAUAGUGGGCACAGAAAUUACUUACAGCUGAGUAAAGGUGAAGUAAGAAGAACUGUCGACGAGACGAGCGCCGUUGUGGAUGAGAUAGUCGAGUCC